CGCGCUUUCGGCUGUCCGCCCGCAGGGUCCCGCCGCCGCCGUCCCUCGCGCCCCGCCGCCCCUCGCCAUGAAGGUUGUUGCCGCCGCCCCCUCGCCGCUGCCUGCGGGCGCCGGUGGCGCGCUGAAGGCGGUGCGGCCCGGGGAGGCCGCCCGCUGCGGGCCGGGCCUGGGGGUGUCCCCGGGGGCGGCGGAGCAGGCGGCCGCCGCGCUGUUGUACGACAUGAAGGGCUGUUACUCGCGCCUGCGGGCGCUGGUGCCGACGUUGCCGCGGCACCGGCGGGUCUCCAAGGUGGAGCUGCUGCAGCACGUUAUCGACUACAUCUGGGAUCUGCAGCUGGCGCUGCAGCGAGGGCCCCCCCGCCCCGCCGCCGGCGGGGACCCCCCCGAGGCUCCGUGCAUGCCAGCCGCCGACCGGAUCCUGUGCCGCUGAGAUGCGCCACGGACACCCCGGGACCCCGGCCCCAGCGCCGCGGCUCGCCGGGACCCCUGGCGGGGCUGCUCGGGGGGUCACCCCGCAGCCUGGGCAGGGGGUGCUGCCCGGCGGCCGCGGGACGUAUCCUUCUCAGAUUGCUGAGAGCAUUCCCCGUAUUGUAUAUUACAAUGAUGCUGGAGAAUAUUGUUCUACAAUAGCUGGAGUUUUGUUAUUAAACAAGCCCUGAUGACCAGG